AUGAUGUAUAACUCUGGCUUUUGCCCUGUUGAUGCUAGCGGUGCAGAACUUCCGUGUCCUGAUGGUUACGGAGCCAUUAUUGCGACAGGAUCUGUUUGUGCCCUUAUUGAAAUUGCUAUCUCAUUUUUACCUCCAAAGGUGAUCAAGAAAUUAUUUCCGCCCAUCAUCACGGGCUCAGUUGUCGUUGUUAUUGGCUUAUCAUUGGUGAAAAGUGGAUUUAAAGAUUGGCUUGGUGGAUCGGGUUGUAUGUCGAGCGACUAUUGUCCAAGUGCGAGUGCACCACAUCCACUGCCCUGGGGUUCGGCUGAGUUCAUUGGGCUUGGUUUCCUUGUCUAUGUCAGCAUCAUCGCUUUUGAGAAGUGGGGAGCGCCAAUCAUGAAAUCCUGCUCUGUCAUCUUGGGACUGCUAGUUGGAUGUAUUGUGGCGGCUGCGUGCAAUUACUUUGAUAAUUCAUCCAUUUCAAGCGCACCUGUUGCUAACUUCUUGUGGGUCAAGACUUUCAAGCUGAAAGUUUAUGGCCCAGCGGUACUCCCAAUGCUUGCACUGUACAGCACUUCAGCAUUACAAGCCAUUGGAGACAUCACUGCAGCUUGUGAUGUUUCUCGAGUUGAAGUAGAAGGCCCGCAGUUUCAAUCCCGGAUCCAGGGGUGCCUUGUUGCAGAUGGUGUCAGUGGGGUCUUGUCUGGUCUUUUUACUCUCACUCCUGUGGGCACAUUUGCUCAAAACAAUGGAGUGAUUUCCAUUACUAAGUGCGCAAACAGAAAAGUCGGAUAUUGGUGCUGUUUCUACCUCAUCGUAAUGGGUGUGUUUUCCAAAUUUGCAGCAGCAUUGGUUGCAAUUCCAAAAGCAGUGCUUGGUGGAAUGACGACAUUCUUAUUUGGAUCCGUGUUUGCCUCUGGGCUCAGUAUCAUUGGCCUUUGCAAGUUUACGAGGAGAGAUAGAUUUAUUCCAACCGGAGCUUUAGUUCCUGGAUGUGCCGCUGUUCUGAUUCCGACAUGGUUUGACAACGUGUUUACAUAUUCCGGGUCAAAUGAUGCUCUUACGGGGUUCCUUCAAGCAAUCAUUAUGGUCAUGGAAACUGGAUAUGCUUUGACUGCCGUGUUGGGGGUUAUACUCAACCUUAUUAUUCCUUGGGCUGAAGAUGACUUUGAAGCAUACGGCAUCUCGGAGAACGUUGAACUCGAUAAUGUGAGCAACGUAAACGUUGUGAUGGGAGCUAAAGAACUUGAAAGUCAGAGCUUGUAG